AGCUCCGACAGCGAUCAACACGUGCGUCGUCCACAACGUCCUGCCGCCGAAAGCGUUCCAGCAUCGAGCAUCGGCUAGUCGCGCCUUUGCCGUUUGCAACUCGCCGUCCCAGUAGGAGUGCGCCUGUACUGCCGUGUUGUUAGCGUGAGUGUUUUGAGCUCUAUGAAAAAGUUUACUCCCGCUGUGCCGUUCAUCUCCGUCAACUACAGGUUGACGUUAGCAUACGCACUGGGCCCCUUGGACAGACCACCACCGCGAUCACUUCGCCUGUUGUGCUGCUGCAGCAGCAGCCACACCAGCAAGCGCAGCGCAUCUGCCGAUUGGCUAACCAGCGGCGGCAUCGAGGUGUGCGCGACUUUCCUUACGCCGCCAGUCAUCGCACAACGGAACGGCGCGUGCUUUCUGAGCCGGCAGAAUAAUGACCAACGAACACGGCGAAAUUGUGCGCGACCCUAACAGCAAGCAGUCAACUAACGUCGGAGAUGCUGUCUCCAAUGUCACAUAUGGCAGCGCCAAUCGUACCAGAGUUUCUCCCAACGGCGCCCAUCGUAACGGCUUCUGUAAUGAAGCCUACGAAGCCUCAGAUUCGUCGGAGGACCUUUCUAACGUUGUCGAUUCUACGAGUACAAAGGGCUUCGUGCCUUCCAGCGUUGCAGAGAGGGCCCGCCCGGCCAUCCAGCGCUCACUCACCGUGGUCGAGACUACCAUGCUUCGUCCACCGCGCGUCCCUCAACGGCUACGCACCGUGUCCGCGGGCCUGCACCCCGAAUACGAUGCCACACGAAGACGGAACUCGCGGCGGCUGCGAUUUUGUCCCCGCGGAUCCCUCUACGAUGUCAUCCAAGACCUGCCCGUUCGCCCCAUCAUCGGGGACGCCGAGGAGGGAAAUGUCGGAGCUACCAUCCGGGAGGAGUCAUCGCCCGUUCCUCCGAACAAGCCGAUGCCUGAAGAAACCAAGGACGAAGACGUGGCUGAGACGCCGACAGAGAUCCUCGUGCAAGUGUUCGUUCCUUUCAUGCUGGCCGGUCUCGGCAUGGUGGCUGCCGGCGUGCUACUCAAUAAAGCCAAGGACUUGGACGCAUUCAAGCAAAUCCCGGAGCUAAUGGUUAUGGUGCCUCCGCUGCUGGGUCUCAAGGGAAAUCUCGAAAUGACUUUGGCUUGCCGUAUGUCCACACUGGCAAACCUCGGGAACGCGGCUAGCCGGUCAGCGUUGCUCAGCAUCGCGGCGGGAAAUCUCGCCCUCAUCCAGUGUCAGGCAAUCGUGGCGGGGCUAGUAGCUGCCCUGCUCGCCGUCAUCAAAUCACUCGCCACAGAAGGCUACCUGGACUGGAGCCACGUUCUCACCCUCUUCACGAGCGCGGCGCUUACGGCCGAGCUCGCUAGCAUCGUGCUCGCGAGCGUGAUGAUACUCGUUAUAGUGCUGUGUCAGCGACUGCGCAUGAACCCUGACAACGUGGCCACGCCUGUGGCCGCCUCCCUGGGUGACGUCAUUACAUUGGCGCUGCUAGCUGGCUUCGCCACAUUGCUGCAUGUUCCCUUGCGAAAUCAUCAGUGGGCGUCAGGCUUACUGCUGGGCGCAGUAGUGCUGCUGGCUCCGGUGUGGGCGUUUCUGGCUUACCGCAACACUUACACACGCGAGGUUUUAAGUCAGGGGUGGCUGCCGGUCCUUUUUGCUAUUGUUGUCUCCAGCGGUGGUGGCUACAUUCUGGAAAUCGCCAGCACCCGGUACAAAGGCCUUGCAGCCUACCAGCCUGUUAUUAACGGCGUCGGUGGAAACCUAGUGGCCGUGCAGGCAAGCCGCAUAUCCACGUACCUGCAUCUCACUACCGAGCGGCCAAGCCUGCCACCUGGCGAGAGUCGCUGCGUAGGACCCAUAGCUGUCUUCUUCGGUAGCUGUCUUCACGCGAGGACAGCGCGCCUCCUGUUGCUCCUGCUCGUUCCAGGUCAGCUCAUAUUUGUGGCGGUUAUCGACAGUGUGGAGGGCGACGGCGAGGCCUUCCAUGGUCCUUUCGUGGCGUUAUACGUAGCAGCAGCCUUCAUCCAGGUGUGCAUUCUGCUGUACGUGGCCCGCGUUCUUGUGUAUGCUCUUUGGAGCCGCGGCACGGACCCGGACAACGCGGCCAUACCGUUUCUGACGGCUCUUGGAGACCUCCUGGGCGGUGGCCUCUUGGCCCUUGUGUACUGGAUUCUGGAUUUGAUCAGCCCCAGCCGACCGCUGUAACACCACGGCUAACACUCACGAGGUGCCUUAUGGAGUCUGAUACUUCGACACUGUGAGCAAAAAGGAGGCAGCGAAACUCAGACAGCAGCUCCCUUUGAGAGGUGACGCUGUCCCAACUAGUGCAUCUGCUCAGCAGCGAUAGUGAGAUAUUCGCUGAGCAAUAUGCAUCCUGAAAAUUUGUGACAAUUUGUUAGUGACUGCGUGUGCGCUUGGAAGUGUUUCGUUGUUAUGGCAGUUGAAAAUUCCUGAUGUCGUCGUUCGAGUAACGCCGGGAACGAACACCUUCCGACGUGCCUCAGACAAUGAAUCUACUUUGCGAAAAAGUGUACUACGUAAAGUACUGGUUGCGGUGACUUGAGUUGGUGACAUUCUUUUUAAUAUACGUUUCCGUGCGGUGGCAAGCGUUGUGAACGAAUGCUAACCGUUUUGUUUGUUGGAGGCUGGCGUGUGCGUUUUGUUUAGAAUCUACGUUUACUGAUGUUUUACUGCAUUUAAUAUGUUCGAAUAAGAACACCACUUUGGUUUGAGAGCUUCAA